AUGGCUCAGGAACGCACCGGCCUCAUUGUUGGCCUCAACAAGGGUCACAAAACCACUCCUCACCAGACCCCCAAGAGCCGCAUCAGCCGUACCAAGGGCCACCUCUCCAAGCGCACUGCUUUCGUCCGGGAGGUCGUCAAGGAGGUCGCCGGUCUCGCCCCCUAUGAGCGUCGUGUUGUCGAACUUCUGAGAAACGCUCAGGACAAGCGUGCUCGUAAGCUCGCCAAGAAGAGGCUCGGUACUUUCGGCCGUGCCAAGCGCAAGGUCGACGAGAUGCAGAAGGUCAUUGCUGAGGCCAGGAGAGCUGGUCACUAA